AUGCCUACCACCAACACAACAAAGCGCGUCUCCUGGGCUUAUCCCUUGAUCAAAUCCACUCCUCUCGCUACCCAACAAACACCAGAGCAGGGAGGGCAAAACUCGACCUUGGCUGGCAAGUACAGCGCUCGGUCUAGCAGAGUAAACAGCCCUACUGCAGCCGAUAGCUUGCGCGAGAUACUCCUAGGAAAGUCUAUGUCGCCUUCACCUUCAUCCCUGGCCAGCCACAUGGAAAUCCCAAAUGUAAGCAACGACCCUAGCAUCAAUUUCUUUGCUCAACAAGAACAAGAUGCCAACGAUACACAAGAACAAGCACGCACAGAACAAAGUCAUCGCGAGAAUCAAGAACACGAUAAUGACACUCACCGCCGCCACGACCGUGAGCAAGAAAUUCUCUCCCGCGACGCUUUCUACUCAGACUCUUCACAAUACAACUGCUGGAGCGCCUACUGUAAAUUCGCCGAGACACUCGCCAGCUGCGAUACGGCACCCUCUUCUGAUUACUUCUUCUCAACGAGCGAUGUUUUGGUGUCGCUAUUCAUCCAUUGCGAUCUCACCCAAUACGGCACUAAGAAGAUGUUAGCCGAGGACUUGCUGCUGCAGCUUAUUGACCAUUUCCCUCUCUGCACGCAAUUUAGAUUCGCUGUCUUUUUGCCUCGCGAGCAAGUCGAGCAACAAGCAAGCAUACCCAAAGCGUUAAAAUAUCUCUUUGGCACAUUUGACGCUUUGAGCUGUUUCGACGUUUCUCUGGAUGGAGCUAUUACCGAUAUGGAGACCAAAUUCGUCGCGUUGCACUGGUUCCAUACAAGACGGUUACGCCACGAUACUGUUCAAAUCCACAAGGAUAGUCUGCAGAAGGGAACCUUGACUCCGAGGGUUGAAGCUGAUGAUCUGAACAACGAACCUAUGAUGGCAGACCGGCUACUACCACAACCGCCACAACCGAAGACUACACAACCCAUUGACAUCAAGUUUCCGAAACAAAAGCAUGUCAGCGAUGCUUGGAUCAGACCUGCCAAAAAUCAGGCUGUCUGGGCUUGA